AUGGCCGCUCGAAAAAAAGUCUUGCUUAAAGUCAUCAUUUUAGGUGAUAGUGGUGUUGGAAAAACAAGUCUAAUGGGACAAUUUGUUUCCCAUAGAUUUUCUAAUCAAUAUAAAGCAACAAUAGGCGCUGACUUUUUAACUAAAGAAGUACAAAUUGAUGAUCGUCUUGUAACAAUGCAGAUAUGGGAUACAGCUGGACAAGAACGUUUUCAAAGUUUAGGUGUUGCUUUUUAUCGUGGAGCUGAUUGUUGUGUGCUUGUUUACGAUGUAACAUCGGCCAAUUCUUUUAAUUCAUUGGAUAGUUGGCGAGAUGAAUUCCUAAUUCAAGCUGGACCUCGAGACCCGGAAAAUUUUCCAUUUGUGGUUAUCGGUAAUAAAGUUGAUCUUGAUAAUCGAGCGAUUCAAGCACGUAAAGCGCAAAACUGGUGUACAGAUAAGUCGAAUGUACCCUAUUUUGAAACAUCAGCUAAAGAAGGUAUCAACGUUGAAAAAGCAUUCGAAACAGUCGCACGUAAUGCAUUAGCACGCGAAAAAGAUAUUGAUUCAACACCGGACUUCCCAGCACCGAUUCCACUUGUCCCAAAUCCUCGAUCAACGCAACCAAGUGUAUGUUCAUGUUAA